AUGAAGAAUACUGUCGUGGAGACAUACAGCGGGAAAGCUGAUCCCAAAGAGCACCUGCUAUAUUUCAACACAAAAAUGAUGAUCAGUGCCACUUCCGACGCUAUGAAGUGCAGGAUGUUUCCAGCUACGUUCAAAGGCACAGCCAUGGCAUGGUUUACCACGCUACCCCGAGGAUCCAUCACUAAUUUCCGUGACUUCUCAUCAAAAUUCCUCGUCCAGUUUUCCGCUAGUAAAACCAAGCAGGUGACAAUUGCGGAUCUCUACAAUGUCCGCCAAUCUGAGGGCGAGACUCUGAAGCAGUAUGUAAAACGAUUCAUCGCAGCAUCAGUCAAAAUUGAGGAGUCAGAGCCGCACGCCUGCGCGCGUGCCUUCAAGAACGGGUUGCAGCCGGGGAAGCUGAACAGAAAGUUGAGCCGCAAGCCGGCUCGGUCCAUGGCAAAGAUCCGGACGCGAGCAAACACCUACAUCCUGGACGAGGAAGAUGAUGCUUUCAAGCGAAGGCGCGCGAAAAUGGAGAAAGACGACGAACCAGGGGACGCUUCGCCAGAAGAAAAGCAGAAUAAGGAGAGGGGAGAGGGCAGCAGAAAGCGAGACAGGAAGGUGAGGACAGAGGAAAAGGCUGUGAAGGAGCCAUUGUACCCUAAGAGAGAAAAUUUUGAGCAUCGCAGACCGUGGCAUCAAGCUGAUCCUCGCCGACGAGAGGAGUCAGGUAAGAGCCUUAAUGCACAUCUGACGGGGUUGCUUCGAGAGGUCAAGGCAACUCACACGGUUGAGGAGGGUGAGAAAGAGGCCGACCCGCCCCGAGUGGCGUUGGAUAAAACAAAGUGGUGCGAGUACUGUAACGCCCCGAUUUUCAAGGGUUACUUAGUGAUCCAAGAGUAA